AUGGGACGUUUCACUUUGGUUUUUCUGGCGGCCACAGCUUUCCUUCUCGUCAGCCUGUCACCAGUUUCUGCUGAUAGCGACGACCUUCUCGAAUACAUCAAGAGCUUCGAGCCUCUGCACAUCAGGUAUUCGAUAUUCGUCUGUUUCUUUUAGUAUCCGGCGUUCAGAAAGUCUCCAAGCGGGUGCCCCUUGAUCGUCAUUGGCCAGCAAUGUCCGGAGGAGAACGUCUUCUGGUAUUUCAAGUGUUGCGGAAACAUCGCCGACCAAUGUUGCUUCCGCCUACAGGUUCCAUUUUCGUUUUACACUUUCGACUUUUUUGUUUGAAAGCUAAAAACUGAAUCACGUCAUUUAUAAAUAUAGACGCCGAAUAUAUAAUUUUUUUCAAUAGAAAAAAACUUAUUUUCUAAAAAUCCUUUAAAAAAAUAGGUUUAGUUAUACCUAUUUCUGGUAGCUAACACAGCUAAAUGGGAUCAAUAAAUAUAAAAAGACCUUUUUGAUAAAUUUAACUGUUGAAAAACUCGAAAAAAAGCACAUUUUGAGCACACCUCUAAACACUUUUUUUAAUAAAAAACCCCCUAUAGGGACCACUAAAGCUUUAAAAAACGGUCACUAUGAGGGGUUUUAGUUAGUGGCCCCUUCAGGGGACAUGAUAGUCGAUAAUUUCUAUAAACUCUAAGUGAAGAAGCGAAAAAGUCAAAUAGAUAAGCGUUUUUUUUUAAAAAAAUGAAAUUGAAAAAAACCUUAUAGGGAUCACUUAAGCUUUAGAGGCUUAGAGGUCAGGUUCUAAACUCCUAUAGGGACCAAUUUUUUUGGCCCCUAUAGGAAACUGUAGAGGCUGUUUUUUCCCCAACCCCUAUAGCGAUCAAACUAAAAUUCUUAAGUUAAGCUAGCCGCCGGAUUGAGUAUUUCUUUUUAAAAUUUUUGAGUUCAAUUUUUUUUUUCAACUAAAGAAGUCAGCUUCUGUAAAAAAAUGUCUUUUUAAGGAUUGGGUGACCGUUCUUCUCAUGAUUUUCGCUGUGCUCACCGUCCUCUCCAUCAUUGUCAACUGCGUCCGAUGCAUGUGCUGUCAGUAG